AUGCAUAGACGGUUCAUUGUUGGCUUGAUAAUCCUUCAUCUGAUGAUGGGUUGCACUGAUGCUAACGAGGCGUUUAAGGCCUCCAUUGGUCGUAAAUGGGCGUGUCCUCCUCCCUGGAUCCUGUGGGGUGGCAAUUGCUACAGAGCCGUCAUGGAAGAUCUGACAUGGCUCCAAGCAAAAGAGAAGUGCACCAAGGAGGGAGGUUUCUUGGCGGUGCCACGGUCUCUGGAGGAAACUGAUUUCUUCCUGCGCCUAUUACCAUACAGGUUCUGGAUCAAUUGCAAUGAUUUCGACAAUGAAGGUACGUGGAAGUGUGAGGAUGGCACCAAUGGGGUGGAGUUCAGGAAUUGGGCGGCUGAAGAACCUAAUGACAACCACGGUAAUGAGGACUGCGCUGAGGUAUACACAGGGAAAUGGAAUGAUGGGACAUGGAAUGAUCAGCCAUGCAAUGUGAUUCGCCGUGCAAUAUGCAAAGCUGCCACCAGCCCGCGCUGCACUUUCUAA